GGGGAUGAAAGGGCGCGCCCGGGGGGUUAAAGCCCCGCCGCGGGUGGGGAAACUCGGUCCUGGCGCUGCCUGCGUGGGGGAAGAGGCGCUGGAAGUGAGGGAGGGGCGCAGAAAGCGGGGCAGGAGCGAGCGAACCUCGGCUCCGAGGGCGCGGAGCGGCUCCGGGCCCGCCGUGCCCCGGUGCUCCUGUCCCCCCCCGGCUGUCACCGCGAUCGCGGCGCUGGGACCGCGGCUCGCCGGGAGCCAGCCGCCCCUCCCCGCCCCGGUCCGGCUGCCUGCGCCCCCGGCAGCGCUGCUCCUUCGGGGGUGUCGGCGGUGCCCGAGCCCCGCUUCUCCUGGGGGUUCCUCCGCUUUCCUGGGCGGUGCUGCCGCACCUGAGCCGGGUUUGCUCUGCUGCUCCCGGCUCUGCUUUUCGGGACCGGGCUGCUCCCUUAAGGAAGAGUUUGCCCAGGGAAAACGGGCUGGGCAAAGCCGGCUGUUAUUUAGGGAGGAGAGAGUGAGAGACGGGGGGGAAAAUGAGUUUGGGACGCAGCACUUCCAGCUAGGGAUGCUCCGGGACCCUGGGAGUUGCCUUUCUCUCAGAAUCCUGCUGCCUGAUCCUGCGCGACUCCCGCCGGGGCUCCCAGCCAUGCGCACGGCGGGAUGAAGCUGCAGGCGGUGGUGGAGCAGCUGCAGAAGCAGCAGCAGCAGCAGCAGCAGCAGCAGCCGCCGGCGGUGCCCAUGGAUUGCCGGGAGCGCCGCCGGGAGCCGCAGGUGCCGUUCCCGGCGCCGCCGUUCCCCGCGCAGCCCCGCGCCGGCCCCGCCGGCCGCGCCCCAGCCAUGGCACCCGCCGUGCCCCCGGGCAGAGCCCCCGCCAGCCGGGCCCUGGAGCAGAGCAGCAGGAACUCCGAGGAUGAGGAGGACGAGGACGAGGAGGAGGAUGAGGAGGAGGACGACGAGGAAGAUGGCGCCGAGCUGGAGGAUGGGGCUGAGGCGCCCGGCCGGGAGAGCUGCGCUGCCCUCAAGUAUUUCCGUGCCCCCAAGGGCGCCCACCCCAACCAAAGAGCGGGCUGUGCCCCCGGCGCCGUGCCGGCCGCGGGGCACCCGCGGGGCGCCCAGCAGGGCUGGGAGGAGCCGGGCACAGACCCUGCCAAGCACUCCGGAGCCCCGGCAGGGCGCCCUGGCUGGCGCCUGGAGGAGCAGCUCAAACAGAACGGCAGCGUGACCUGGAGCGACGAGGGUGACGGAUGCCGGGGAAGGGAGAUCUCCCGAGACUUUGCCAAGCUGUACGAACUGGACAGCGAUCCCGAGCGGAAGGAGUUCCUGGACGACCUCUUCAUCUUCAUGCAGAAGAGGGGAACUCCCAUCAACCGGAUCCCCAUCAUGGCCAAGCAGAUCCUGGAUCUCUACAUGCUCUACAAGCUGGUGACCGAGAAGGGCGGGCUGGUGGAGAUCAUCAACAAGAAGAUCUGGAGGGAGAUCACCAAAGGCCUUAACCUGCCCACCUCCAUCACCAGCGCCGCCUUCACCCUGCGCACGCAGUACAUGAAGUACCUCUAUGCUUACGAGUGCGAGAAGAAGUCGCUGAGCUCCCCGGCCGAGCUGCAGGCCGCCAUCGACGGCAACCGGCGCGAGGGCCGCCGGCCCAGCUACAGCUCCUCGCUCUUCGGCUACGCGGCGUCGCCGCCGGCGCCCGCCGCGCUGCUGUCCCCCCCCAAGAUCCGCUUCCCCGUCCUCGGCGUGGCGCCCGGCGGCACCGGCGGCCCGCGGGCGGCGCCGGCCCUCAGGAAAGGUGACGGCGUGGCCCUGGCCGUGCCCGUGCCCGGCCGCAUCGCCGUGCCGGUGGCCCUGGGCCAGCAGGCCACCACGGCAGCCAGGACGGCCACCCUGGAGCAGCUGAGGGAGAGGCUGGAGGCCGGGGAGCCGCCGGAGAAGAAGGCGCCGCGCAUGUCGGAGGAGGAGCAGCGGCUGGUGCAGCAGGCGCUGCAGCGGAACCUCUUCAGCAUGGCCCGGCAGAUCCCCAUGAAGAUCAAAAUCAACGGCAAGGACAAGGCCGAGUCUGCGGCGGCGGCGCUGAACCUGUCCCCCAACGGCAUCGGCAGCAUCAACAUGUCCGUGGAGAUCAACGGCACCACCUACGCUGGGGUGCUGUUUGCCCAGAAGCCCGUGGUGCAGCUCCUGGCCGGCUCGGGCACGCAGAGCUCGUGCAGCAGCAGCAGCAGCAGCAGCAGCAGCUCCCACUGCUCCCCCAGCCCUACCUCGUCGCGGGGCACGCCCGGCGCAGAGCCCUCCACCAGCUGGUCGCUGUGACAGCCUGGCGUGCACACUUACCUCAUCUCAAGGAACCUGCUCCCACGGCUGGCCAGCACCUGCAGGAGGGGGGUGGUGGUGGUGAAACCGUUCCAUGCCAGCGAGUUUUCCUUCAUCGCCUCUUUGUCCGGCCUUUUUUUUGUUUUGUUGCCUCCCCCCUUUCCUUCCUCCCUUGUGCUCUUCAUUCCUCCUCCUCCUCCUCCUGGCAGGGUUUGGGGUGUUCCCAUGGAGGGGGGGCACACCUGGCGUUUCUCAAUCAGGGGUGGGCCCCAGGGCCCAGGGGUGGCCAGGACGUCACCAGGGCAGGGCAGGGUCCGGGGCUGGGGCUGGGAAUCCUGCUUCCAAUGGAACCAGGGGCCACCAGGGCUCUUCCCACCCACAACUCCGUGUUUGACAAUCCUGAGAGCCGGGGGAGCCUGGCCCCGUCCUCCUGUGGCAAUCUGCUUGUGUUCCUGUGAGGGUGGGCUGGUCAGUGGGGGCUUUGGGGCUCUGAGCAAACCCCUCCAGUUGUGCCCGAGCAGGGGACACCUCCUGCUCCAUGGGGAGAAGCAGAGCAGAGGGAAUCCAGCCCUGCCCUGCCCUGGGAGCCCUGGCUGGAAGCAGGGCUGGGGUUCCCUGGCUCUGUGAAUCAGCUGCUCGUGCUGUCCCCCUGUCCUGUCCCCGUCCCCCUGCCCUGGUGACGUCCCUCCCACCCCUCCUGCCCCGGUGACGUCCUCCCCGUGCUCCAGGCCCAGGUCAGGUUUUUUGAGCAGACGAAAUACCUCAGAUAUGUACUUGUUGGGUUGGUUUUGUUUGUGUUGGGUUGUUUUUUUUUUAACCUCUUCAGGAAGUAUUGGCAUAUCCUAUCGCUUGGGGGUUUUCAUAGGUGGGUUUGCUGACUUUUGUGUUUGCUUUUAUUUGUGUUCGCUUUCAAAUGGAUCACCAAAGACAGGGAGUUCAGACAAGGCUGAGCAGAGGAGCAGUGGCUUCCCCACCCUCCUGGAGUCGAGCUGCAGCAUCCUCCCAGGACACGUGCACGGCGGGACAGCGGGGCAGGAGUGACCCUGGCCCCUGGGUCCAGGCAUUGUCCUCGCUUUCCCCAGCCCCGGGCUCUGUCCCCGUGCUGGUUCUGUCCCUGUGGCGGGGUCACCCUGCCCCGCAGGCCCCAGGACUCUCUGGGAUCAGGGGUGGCAGUGCUCGCGUCCCUGGAGGAUGCUGCUCCCGGGUAUCCCGAGGGACUGACCCGCAGGCUCCGGGGAUUUUCAUCCUCGCAGACUCCCAGAGGGUUUUCCAGCCUCUGGGACUCAGUCAGAUGAUUUUUCCCCUUUUUUUUUUUUGUUUUCUUUCGGUUGUUUUUUUUAUUUUAUUCAGGGGUGGGCUUGGGGCUGUUUCCUCUGAGCAGGCCUGGGGCACUUUCUGCUCUUCCCUCUGCUCUGCUCCCCGGCCCUGGGUUGCAGAGGCUGCUCCGGGGUGGGGUUGCUUUGUCUCACUUGCUAACGUUGUGUUUUCUUGCACAGAAAGGCACUCGAAUCACUGAACUGCUUGGACACUACUAGAGUAUUAAUGUUUAUAAGCUUUACUCAACCUAGACUGGAACUAGCCAGGGACUAACAGAUUGUUUUGUAUCCAAUUCAGGGAAAGAAUCAGGUCGGGAAGCGUAACAGAUACCUCAGUUAAAUAAGCUGCAACAAUAACCCGGUCCUUCUCCCAGCCCAGGGCGACAAGGACCAUCCAGACUGUGAAGAGUUAAUGAACCCUUUCCCCCGGCCUGGCUUUGGCCCUGGCAGCCUGAGCUGCGGGUCUCCUGCUGAGCUGCCAGGCUUUGGGGUCGGGGUGCUGGAACCAGCAGCAGAGCGGGGGCGGCCGGGCGGGGCCGCCUCGGCCCCGUGUAGUACUCAGGGUUUGAUGCUGCCAGCAGGACGUUCCCCAGGGCAGUGCUCCGCUUUGCGGCCUCGCUCCAUCCUCCCCCAGCUCCGCACACCAGCCAAACCCCCCCGGCCAGCCCCCGGCUUGCUCCCCCGGCGCUUCCAGGGGGGAAAAGCCACCGGAGCCCGCUCCCGGGGCUGCGGGGAGGGCACGGAGGGCGGGGUGAGGGGAGGCUCCCGCGGUGAACCUGAGCGUUCCCAGGGGACUGCGAUCAGAUGUUCUCUCCAAACAGCUGCAGCAGCCUUGCUAACUAGUUUUCUUACCUAUUUAAAAGAGAAAAAAAAAUAAUAAAAUAAGUAAAUAAAAACAAAUGUGAUAGCCUAGGCGGUGGAUAAAUACCUCAACGUCUCCUUCCAACAAGUGUCUGUAUAUGUUGUUGUUGGGUUUUUUCUAUCUUACAGGUUAUCUGAAUGUUUAUAUUCCAAUAAACUUCUACCUCUUCA